UAAACCUAUUAGUAAACUACACACAUCAAUUUAAACAAAUUAAAACUCCUAUAAAAUGAAAUUCUAUAUUUUAAUUAUCGUAUCUGUGGCUCUAUUAGCAGCCUUAAUCGAGGCUUUUCCUCAACGUGUCUACUAUCAAAAACUGCCCUACUAUCCCCCGCCUACCUCACGACCACGCCUUAUACGUGUAAGAAGAGCUGAUUUGGGAGGCCAGAUCUCAACAAACCCAGCUGGUGGCAAUAAUGCCAAAGUAGCCUUAACUCAUGGUAUAGGCACUCCUGACCAUAAUGUUAUAGGACAAGUUUUUGCAGCGGGUAAUACUAAAGGAGGUCCGGUAGCUACUGGUGGCACUGUCGCUUAUAAUAAUAAUGGUUUUGGUGCCGCUAUUGGCAAGGAGCAUAUACCCGGUGUCCGCGAUACUUUAACCAAAAGUCUUAGUGCCGAUUUAUUUAAUAAUGGCGACCAUAAAUUGAGUGCCAACGUUUUCAAAUCUGACAACACUUUGGCUAAUGGCUUCAAAUUCGAACGUAAUGGCCAUGGUUUGGAUUAUUCGAAUAUUAAUGGUCAUGGUGCCAGUAUCAGUCAAAGUAAUAUACCCGAUUUUGGCCGCCAAUUAGAAUUGGCUGGUAAGGCAAAUUUGUGGUCUUCUCAGGAUCGCAAUACACGUUUGGAUUUAACCGGCUCGGCUUCCAAGUGGACCAGUGGUCCCUUGAGUGGCCAGAAGGAUUUCGGAGCUGGUUUAGGUCUAACCCAUAUGUUUGGUUAAACGAAGUUUAAGUAAUUAUAAAUUUAAUCGUGAUAUAGUAUUUAUUUAAUGUUAUAAUUGGCUUAAGAUAAUAAAACAUAUUAAAAGAUUACAACUUA